AUCGUGUAGGGAGAAGAACAAAUUAUAUUUAAAAUGUCGCAUCCGUUUGAAAAAUUUAAGAAAACAAUUAAUAUUGGCAACAAGGAAUACUCUUAUUUUGAUUUACCUAAGUUUGGUGUUGAAUAUGAUAAACUGCCAUUUUCAAUUAGAGUUCUUUUGGAGUCUGCUGUUAGGAACUGUGAUAACUUUCAAGUUACUGAAAAUGAUGUACAAAAUAUCUUGAAUUGGAAAACUAAUCAAAAAGUUGAAGGUGGUGUUGAAGUUGCAUUUAAACCUGCUAGAGUCAUUUUACAAGAUUUUACUGGUGUACCAGCUGUUGUGGAUUUUGCCGCGAUGAGAGAUGCUGUCAAGAGUUUAGGUGGUGAUCCCAACAAAAUUAACCCUGUGUGUCCUUCUGACUUGGUAAUUGAUCAUUCUAUCCAAGCGGAUUUUGUCAGAGAAGCUGAUGCACAACAGAAAAAUGAAAAUCUUGAAUUUGAACGAAAUAAAGAAAGAUUCACCUUUUUGAAGUGGGGAGCUAAAGCUUUUAAGAACAUGUUAAUUGUACCACCAGGCUCUGGUAUUGUACAUCAAGUGAACUUAGAAUAUUUAGCCCGUGUUGUAUUCACUGACAGAGACGCAUUAUACCCAGAUUCUUUAGUGGGCACAGAUUCUCACACAACAAUGAUCAAUGGUUUAGGAGUUUUAGGGUGGGGUGUUGGAGGCAUAGAAGCUGAAGCAGUUAUGUUAGGACAAGCUAUAUCAAUGUUGCUUCCUCAAGUUCUUGGUUACCAGUUAACAGGAACUCUAAAUCAAUUUGCAACAUCUACUGAUUUGGUUUUAACAAUUACUAAGCACUUGAGACAAAUUGGUGUAGUUGGAAAGUUUGUUGAAUUUUUUGGACCUGGAGUUACUCAAUUAUCUAUUGCUGAUCGAGCGACUAUAAGUAACAUGUGUCCUGAAUAUGGUGCAACAGUAGGUUUUUUUCCAGUAGACCAAAAUACACUUUCAUAUCUUCAACAAACAAAUCGAAGCAGUGAAAAAAUAGCUGCUGUUAAAGCAUAUCUAGAAGCUUCCAAAAUGUUAAGAAAUUAUGAUGAUCCAUCUCAAGACCCAGUUUUCAGUCAAAUCACUACUUUAGAUUUAGGAGAAGUUGUACCAUCUAUCAGUGGGCCGAAAAGACCACAUGAUCGUGUAUCUGUAUCUGAAGCUCAAAAAGAUUUCAAAACUUGUCUAACAAAUAAGAUUGGAUUUAAAGGAUUUAACAUUAGUCCAGAAAAAUUGAACGCCAGUUGUGAAUUCGAAUUCAACAAUCAAAAGUAUACGUUAAGACAUGGUUCGGUUGUCAUUGCUGCCAUCACUUCGUGUACGAAUACGAGCAAUCCCAGUGUCAUGCUCGGAGCUGGUCUUUUGGCUAAAAAUGCCGUCGAAGCCGGUCUGUCUGUGGCGCCAUAUAUCAAAACUAGUCUCUCGCCCGGCUCGGGGGUGGUCACUUAUUAUUUGCGAGAGAGCGGAGUUACGCCAGCUUUGACAGCACUUGGUUUUGACACCGUUGGAUUCGGUUGCAUGACGUGUAUUGGAAAUUCUGGACCGUUGCCCGAACCCGUCGUGAACGCUAUCGAGUCGAACGAACUAGUCUGUUGUGGAGUUUUGUCGGGCAACCGGAACUUCGAAGGCCGCAUCCACCCGAACACCCGUGCCAACUAUUUGGCCUCACCGCUGUUGGUCAUUGCUUACGCGAUCGCCGGUCGCAUGGACAUCGACUUCGAAACUGAACCCAUAGGUAAUGAUAAAAAUGGUAAACCAGUAUUUUUGAAGAAUAUUUGGCCAUCAAGAGCACAAAUCCAAACUGUUGAAAAACAAACUGUGAUUCCUGCAAUGUUUCAAGAUGUCUAUGCUCGCAUUGAAAAUGGCUCUAAUGCUUGGCAAUGUUUACAAGCCCCGGACGGCCAAUUAUACCCAUGGGAUGCGUCGUCUACUUACAUAAAAAACCCUCCAUUUUUCAGUGGCAUGACAAAGGAAUUACCUGGUGUUCAAUCAGUAAAAGGGGCACAUGUACUUCUGUUUCUUGGUGACUCUGUGACAACUGAUCACAUAAGUCCUGCUGGUAGUAUCGCCAGAAAUAGUUCUGCGGCUCGUUAUUUAGCUUCAAGAAACAUCACACCAAAAGACUUCAACUCAUAUGGCUCAAGACGUGGAAACGAUGAUGUUAUGGCUAGAGGGACAUUCGCCAACAUAAGAUUAGUAAAUAAGUUGGUCAAGAACACCGGACCAAAAACAUUGCACAUUCCUAGUGGACAAGAGUUGGAUGUCUAUGAUGCAGCUCAAGUUUAUGCAAAAGAAGGAAGACCACUCAUUGCUAUUGUUGGCAAAGAUUAUGGAUCAGGUUCUUCAAGAGAUUGGGCAGCAAAGGGACCGUUUUUGCUGGGGAUUAAAGCUGUGAUUGCUGAGUCUUAUGAACGUAUUCACCGCUCCAACUUGGUUGGUAUGGGAAUAAUUCCAUUGCAAUUCCGUUCCGGAGAAAAUGCCGAAACAUUUAAACUUACGGGUCACGAAAUUUAUGAUAUAGAUAUUCCACAAAACUGCAAACCAUUGCAGGAAAUCCAAGUGAAAACCAAUACAGGUGUCACAUUCAACACAAUUUUGCGUUUUGACACUGAAGUGGAUAUACUAUACCAUAAACACGGAGGCAUUUUGAACUAUAUGAUCAGAAAGAUGUUAGAUUAAAUUACUUUUUCAUGAACAAUUA